AUGGGUCCCAAAUUCUCAACGUGUCAAGUAGGUAGUAACGUUGGCAUAUUUGGUAAUGGUAACUCAGCAUUAAUAAUCAAUGGUGUCAGUUAUAAUAUCUCAAAUAUAUUCAGUGCAGCUGCCAAUGUGUUCAUGCAAAAGUAUCGAUCUGAGUUUAUCAUAAUGCAAUUCACAUCAAUUGCUUUGGUGAUUAUUUCGAUAUUAUUAGUUGCUCGGUGUCUCAUAUCACGAAGUGCUGCAGGCAAAGGUGAGAUAAUACCAUCGGAUUAG